ACGGUGUAACCGAUUUCCACCGAUUUCACCCUAAUUUCUAUAUCGACGGCCAGUAACAAAUUACCAAGGAAAUUAUUAUGAAGACCUUCUUGGUGAGUAAUAACAACUUCUUAGUCCUCUAUGACAGAUCACGUCUGACUUUCUGAUUUUAGAGUUUGAAGCAGAUGACAGCUGACUGUCUUCUGUAGUUUCAAUGCCAUGUAACGAAUGAAAUUUUUGUAUAAUUUCUUAUAAAAAAAAUAUAAAAUUCCACAAAAAUGUCUUCUAAACUAUACAAAGCUAUUAUAACGUUCGCAGAAAAGUUUGUUCCUAACGCCCUUCGGCCCUUGUGGGAACAUCCGGCUGGUCCUAAAACAAUUUUCUUCUGGGCGCCCUUCGGAAAAUGGGGUUUGGUGAUUGCUGGCUUCGGUGACAUAAACCGUCCUGUGGAGAAAUUGUCUGUGCGGCAAUGCGGGUCCCUGGCUCUCACCGGCACUCUAUGGGCGCGAUGGUCGCUCAUUAUCAUCCCAAAAAAUUACAGUCUCUUCUUUGCUAACUGUUUCGUUGCUGUAACAGGCUUUUACCAACUUUCGAGGAUAUACUUAUACGAAAGGCGACUCGAAGAAGAAAAGAAAUUGAAAGAAAAAGAGAAAAAGUAAUCAUCAUAAACAUCAGUUCGAUUCUAUGAAAAAUUCUUGCCCCCCAUUUGUAAUCGUUAUUAUUGUAAAUUGUAGCAUUGGCACUCUAUAGAUGAUUGUCUUCCAAAUGAAUUAGCUUCUUACGCUAGGUACCGAUAAGCUUUCGAAUCAAAUCUCCCUCAUCAUGGCCCAAGGCCUUCGUGUUGCAAAUGUCUUUCUGCUGUUCUUAUGCAGGCCAAAGUAAAACAGUAAGAAACAUGACGAAAGUCUAAAAGUAAAAUGUUCUAAGGGAUUCCUAAAAUGUUCUCCGAAAACAGAAGAUACGUCGGAGUAAAACAAUUUUGGAGAAAAAUGUCCCAGUAGAAUUUAAAUACCUACCUACUUGUUAAAAAAAUGUAUGUCCAUGUUAGUUAUUGAUGAGAAUAAUUAGGAUGGAGUUAACGUGGUUGAAUAAUCGGAUUCGUAUUUAAAUUUUAAAAGCCUGUGUUAUAGGCGGCGAGAUGAAUAUUUGGCUAUGAGUUAGGUUCACUGGUUCAUGAGAAAGUAGCGGAGGUUUGAAGACUGUUUCUGCGCGCUAUUAAGUGAUUCUUUAUUAAAUUGUAGUUCUUCAUUGAAACGUGAUCAUGUUUUGUACAGUACAUGGCAUUGAUAUUAAACUUUUUUUUCGCA